AUUACCAUCUCGCAGCAUAGGUACUACAUAGGCACUGGCCGCGCCGGGUUGAUAACUCACCCUGAUCAUGAUUUACCCCCAUGGCUUCCCCAAGUCACCCAGAGCAAUUCUCAUGGGCUACGCGCAACCCGAGCAUUUGGUUCACGCAGUUGAUUCUGGUCGGUGUGGCACAUUUGGCUCUAACCUGAUAGGGCCGUAAUCAAGGAGGCAAUCAACUAACGACAUUGGACAUCUUAGCAGGACACAUGCACAUAUUCUAACAAGCCGCAACACCCCAACCUCAGCGUCUUGGGGUCUAAUGCCCUACGUCUAGGCGAAGAUGGAUUCCGCCAAGCCUUUGGUUUGCGACGAUAAUUCAUUUGGUCCUGGGGUAAAGUCCCCGGAUUGUCGGGGUAGUUUCGACUUCACAAUUCUCUUUGAAGAAAGCAUCUUCACAAUUCUUCCAGCAACUCUUUUCAUUCUCCUUGCUCCGUUCCGAGCCCUGCGGCUGCUUCGGCGCAGGAUCAGGGUCAAGAGAACAGCCCUGUACGCUGGGAAAGUGGUUGCGAUCGGGGCCUACAUCGGUCUCCAACUUGCGGUUCUGGUGUUGACAGCCCAUUCUGCGGUGCAAACACAGGUCUCAAUCGCUUCGGCAACGCUGUCCUUGGCCUCCGGACUUAGCCUAGCAGUGCUAUCUCAUCUGGAACAUGCCAAAUCUAUUCGGCCUUCUUUCUUAAUCAACAUUUACCUCAUCGCAACUGUACUACUCGACAUCGCCCGAGUGCGGACACAAUGGCUCCUGGGAGAAGACGGCGUCGUUGCUGGUGUUUUGACGGCAUCGGUGGCGGUCAAGGUUGGCAUGCUUCUGCUGGAAGCUGCAGAGAAACGCUCUCUGCUUCUUGGGUUGGACAGGAACUUCUCGAUUGAGAGCACGAGCGGAGUGUUCAGUCGCAGCUCUUUCUGGUGGCUGAACUCGCUCCUCGUGAGUGGCUUCAAAAAGGUUUUGACCAUGGACGACUUACCUGCUAUCCACGAGAAGCUGGACUCGGACCGCUUGGCUGUACAAUUACAGUUGGCUUGGGGCAAAUGUAACCAAAAGAGAAAGCACUCACUUGCAUAUGCUUGCCUGUGGAGUCUGCGCUGGGAGGUGUUGGUUAUUGCCGUGCCAAAGUUCUGCUACGUUGGACUCAGUCUGACUCAACCGUACCUUAUCCAAGAUGUCAUCGCUUUUGUCCAGACGGCGGAGACAGAAUCUGAAAACACCGGCUAUGGCUUGAUCGGUGCAUUCGGCUUCGUUUAUCUGGGGUUAGCGAUCAUGACGGGUUGGUUCUCUCACUUGUCGUUUCGAAUGAUGACCAUGAUACGUGGCGAGCUCAUCACCGCCAUCUACGCAAAAAUGAUGACCCUCCAAAUAAACAAUUUGAACGAGUCGGCGGCUAUGACCUUGAUGGGCGCAGAUGUUCAGAGGAUCGCAGAGACGUUCUACUUCUUAGUCAUCGAUGUAAUCCCGUCUGUGGUCCAACUUGGUAUUGCCAUGUAUCUACUUUACGUCCAACUUGGUGCUGUCUGCGUUGCGCCGAUCAUCAUCGCCACUAUAUCUACAGCAUUGUCCACACUGCUCGCUGGUCAUGUCACCGUGAGGCAGAAAGCAUGGUUUGAAGUCAUCCAGCGGAGAAUCAACUACACAUCAGAAAUAUUGGGUUCGAUGAGGAAUGUCAAGAUGCUGGGGCUCACCGAGACCAUGUCUGCAAACAUACAGCAAAUGCGCGAGGUUGAAAUGGAUAGCUCCAGGAGAUCUAGAAAAGUGCAAUCACUCAACGUCUCACUAGUAAACCUUCCCGAGGUCUUCAAUAGGUUCCUCAUCUUUGCGGCAUGUGCAAUCGCGGCUAAGAUCCAAGGAACCGAUGGUGUUUCCGUUUCACAAGCAAUCACUGCCCUGGCGGCUCUCAACCUCCUAACAUCGCCUCUUGCCGACAUACUCAGCGCGAUACCUACAGGAUGGGCUGCUUUGGGCUGUUUCGAAAGAAUUCGGGAAUUCCUACUGGAGCCUUCUCGUGUGGAGCAGCGGUUGCUACAGAUGCCAAGCAGGGAUAAUACCAGACGAUCCACUCAAAGCCAAGCUGGCAUAGAAUUGCAGUCUAUGGAAUCACCCAUGCAAAAUGCGAUUCGCUUAGAUCACGGCAGUUUCGGUUGGUCAGAAUCCAGUUGCAAUAUUGUACAGGAGGUUUCGACCACCGUCCAAGCCGACUCACACCUCACCAUCCUGGUUGGGCCGGUGGGUUGUGGUAAAUCAACAUUUCUCAAAGCCCUUCUCGGAGAAACCCCCCAGCUUCGAGGUCAGUUGUCCGUCUCCGAGUCCCAGAUUGCCUAUUGUGAUCAAACCCCUUGGAUCAUCAAUGGGUCGAUUCGUGACAAUGUCGUUGCUGGUUCGGAUUUCGACGAGGCGUGGUAUUCAACCACAGUCCACGUUUCUGCCCUCGAUACAGAUCUACGCCAGAUGCCGGAGGGAGACUCGACAGUUGUUGGUAGCAAGGGCGUCAAACUCAGCGGUGGUCAAAAGCAACGACUGUCUAUCGCUCGAGCAGUUUACUCGCGCAAGAAGUUGGCUAUUCUCGAUGACGUCCUGAGUGGCUUGGACUCGGCCACAGAAGAAAUUGUAUUCAAACGAGUCUUCAGCCGGGAAGGAAUCUUCCGCAUGACCGGCACCACGGUCAUUAUGGCGACUCACUCAGUAAAACGCCUACCCCAGGCCGAUCUUAUUCUCGUGCUUGAUCAGACAGGGACGCUUAUUGAACAGGGUACUUUUUCGGAGCUCAAUGUGCCGGGAAACUACAUUCAUCGCCUCCAGGUGAAACUUGAAGAAGAGAACCGCCAUGAAGAAACGGACGGGACCACAGCCCAGCCGUACGCGAGGCCUAAGAACGUUCGCUCGGAAACAAGCGUCGCCGAUGAGAGCCGAAAGACCGGAGACUGGACAACUUACAAAUACUACAUUCGUUCACUCGGUCCGUGGUACAUGGCCACCUUUGUCGCCCUUGUGGCGGCAAACGAUGUGUGCAGUGGCAUGAUCAAUGUGUGGAUAAACUGGUGGGCUUCGAGUAAUGAAAGUGGCGGCGACUCUCGUUUGGGGUACUGGCUCGGUAUAUACGGCUUCUUGGGCGUUAUGGAAGGCGUCUUCUUAGUCGGAGCCGUUGCGUUUCUGUGGAUUGUCAUCAUCCCAAAGUCUGGCAGCAACCUGCAUCGAUCUAUAUUGGAUGCUGCUAUGAGAGCUCCAUUGUCAUUCUUUGCAGAAACUGAAACUGGGGUGCUUGUUAACCGAUUCAGCCAAGAUCUUCGCCUUGCAGACAUGACGCUGCCAGGGAGCAUAAUUAAUUGCGCAUUCCAACUCGGAACCUGUGCUGUAGUCACAGCAUUGUCAGUAACAGCAGUUGGAUACUUUGCUGCUGUACUUCCCGCCGUUUUGGGUGCGCUUUAUUUCAUCCAGAGAUUCUACCUCCGCACAUCGCGUCAGCUCAGACUUCUAGAACUCGAGGCAAAUGCCCCUCUGUACUCCCAUUUCAUCGAAAGUCUGAACGGCCUCGUCACCAUCAGGUCUUUCGGGUGGACUGGGUAUUACACGGCUAGAAACGUGCAGUUUCUCAAUACGUCUCAAAAACCCUUCUAUCUACUUCUAUGUAUCCAGAGGUGGUUGGUUCUGGUUCUUGAUCUCGUUGUUGCAGGACUUGCCGUAUUACUCGUUGGCAUGGCCGUUGCUUUACGGUCCCAGCUGGUUGCUGGUUUUCUGGGUCUGGCCCUGGUGAACAUGAUGAAUCUGUCCCAUUCCUUAACAUACUUGGUGCAACACUGGACAAAUCUCGAGACGUCCCUAGGAGCCAUUGCCCGCAUCAAGGACUUCUCGGAUAAGACACCGGCUGAGGAGUCUCUGGAAGAUAGUGAGGACCCAGGUGCUAACUGGCCGACGCGAGGGGCUCUCAGGUUUGAGGGCGUGUCUGCCAGCUACAGUGACCCAAGUUCGCCUGCCUUGAAGAACCUAAGCUUUAGCAUCGAAGGAGGCCAAAAGAUCGGCUUGGUCGGGAGGACAGGAAGCGGCAAAAGUUCCUCCACCCUCGCCGUCAUGCGCUUGAUCAACGUAGUGUCCGGCCGCAUCAUCCUCGACGACGUCGACUUAUCGACCAUCCCCGGCUCCAUCAUUAGAGAAAGAGUCAUCUGCCUCACCCAGGACCCCUUUUUGUUCCCCGCCUCAAUUCGCUCCAACGUCGACCCCCGGCGCAACGCCUCCGACGCCGCCAUCGUCGCCGCAUUGGAGAAAGUCGGUCUUUGGACCGUUCUCCGAGACAGAGCCGCUGACAAGAAUAAUCCUACUGCGUCCACCAUUCUCAAUAACCUGAUGGACACGGAAUUUCUCUCGCACGGCCAGCGCCAGCUGUUCUGCCUCGCCAGGGCCAUGCUCAAGAAGGGCAAGGUCCUGAUUCUUGACGAACCGACUAGCAGUGUUGAUACGCAAACGGAUGCGAAGAUGCAGGAGAUUAUCCGCUCCGAGUUCCGUGACCAUACCAUCCUCAUGAUCGCGCAUCGUCUGUCUAGCCUGCUUGACUUCGAUCGCGUCGCUGUGCUUGAUGGGGGAAGGCUUGUGGAGUUUGGGAGACCCGCUGAGUUGCUGAGAGAUUCGGAGAGCAGUUUUGCCAAGCUUUAUCAGGCAUCAUCGGGACGAUCGCAUGUUUUGGUUUGA